AUGUCUUACAAUAAUGACAAAAUCAAAUUCCUAGAAGACAAACUCGAACAACUCAAACAAGCUGCAGCAUCAUAUCAGUUGCGAACAACGUGGUUCUUAGUAGAUGAAAUUAGCGGCAAACGUAGAUAUAACAACGCAUCGAAGAUCAAACGAACGGAUGGCACCAAAAUUAACUCAACCAAUGAACUUAUGAAAGAAUGGAAAAUAUAUUUCGAAGAUUUACUCAACGUCAAAUCAAACACUUCUCAAGAUACUCAAGCAAUUCCACCAGCUCCUGAAGACUUACCAAUCAAUCAAGGUCCUAUCACAAUCGAAGAGGUGGAACAAGCAGUCAAACAAUUAAAAAAUGGAAAAUCUCCUGGACUCGACUAUGCAAUAACACCUGAAGUACUCAAGUAUGGUGGCAAAUAG